CCAUGAAUGAAGCUUUCUCACUCAUCUUUUUUCUCUCCAUCCAUGAGAAACUCUUUUGCAACAACUCGUCAUUAUAGCCCAUCUAACAGAAGGUCUGGCAUGUCAUCUCCCUCCAUGUUUGUUGAAGAACAAGACCAGAAGACCCUUCAACUCAGUCAUGAUCUGAAGGACAAGAAGCACAAGGAGCAAAAGAACGCGGCGGUCUUCCCUGAGAAAGCUUUGUCGUACAAGGAGAAGAAUGUCAUAUACAAAGAAUGCAGGAAAAACCAUGCGGCAAGUAUCGGCGGCUAUGCUGUAGAUGGCUGCAGAGAAUUCAUGGCUGCCGGAGAAGAAGGAACCAGUGCCUCAUUCAAGUGUGCUGCUUGCAGUUGCCACAGGAACUUCCAUAGAAAGGAGGUUGAGAGUGAAUGCUUUUGUGACUGUUCUUCAAUAUCUACCACUCUGAAAUGACUUGGCUGGAGCUUAAUUCACUAGUUAUAUACCAGUAAUGUUCAUGUCAUCUUGUUGUGAGGUCUAAAUUAUAUGUGGGUGUCUUUGAAUGUGGCUGUCAAUGAAAUAUUGGCAUCCGAUUCAUAUAACAUCUCUAGCUUUUCUUGCAAAUUUUAGAAUGUUUAUGAAAGAGAGGAGAUCUAGAUCAUUGUUUGUCAUAGUAUUGAAGUGAUAAAAUUUAUGAUUUUAUAUU